AUGGUGUGCUCUGGCGAGGCAACCCCCAAUUCCUACAAUGACGACCUUGCGAAGGACAAGUUCAGCGAAAAGGGACAGGAUGGUAGCGAACAUGGGUCACAAGACUGUACAGAGAGGGAAGAGAUUGUAUGGCAUUACCUGACAUUCGAACAUGUCCUCCCACAUCCUACCACGAUACACCCAACGAUGCCGAAUCAGGAGUGUCCUCCAGAACCUCCAAAUCUUGUCAAGUUCACGAACCCAUUUGACUGGCCCCAAAAGAGAAAGAACUGGACAAUAUGGGUCUCAUGCGUUAUCACGUCUCUCACUGCGUAUUCGGCAGGAUCGUAUAGUCCAGGUGUAGGGCAGAUGACCAGAGAGUGGAACAUUAGUAACAUCGCUGCGUUAGUCGGAAUUACUAUGUUUACAUGUGGCUUUGCGAUUGCUCCGAUGGUUCUUGCCCCCCUCUCAGAAAUUAACGGUCGUCGUCCUCUCUUCAUCGCCUCGGGAAUCCUGUUUGUCAUAUGCCAACUUUGUACUGGUCUCACGCAGUCCUACGCCGGGAUGCUUGUCGUACGCUUCUGGGCCGGCGUGGGCGGUUCCACCUUCUCCACCUUGGUCGGGGGUGUAGUCGCAGACAUAUACCAUGCCGAAGAACGCAACAAGCCAAUGACCCUCUUCUCGGGCGCUGCUUUGUUUGGUACGGGCUGUGGCCCGAUGAUCAGCGGCUUCGUUGCGCAGAAUGUAUCAUGGCGUUGGAUAUUUUAUAUCCAGGCGAUAAGUUGCGCCUCUAUGGUUGCGCUCAUUUGCGUCAUUUUCAAGGAGACACGAGGAUCGGUCCUCCUCUCCAGGAAAGCACGCGCACUAAACGCAUGGUAUGAAGCGCGUGAAGCGGCAGGAUAUUAUGGUUUCAACUUGCCAGAUGCGAAUAACCCCAGUGUCCAUGUUUCGCAGCGAAUACGCUGGAAGGUCAAAUCAGACGAAGAGCGCACUUCCAUUGGCAGAAUGAUCGGAAUUUCAGUCUAUCGGCCUUUUCAUCUCCUCCUCACAGAACCUGUGGUCUUUUGGUUCUCGAUGUGGGUCAGUUUCUCUUGGGCCAUUCUCUAUUUGACACUUGCAGCCAUUCCUCUUGUUUUCCAAGCCAACCACGGUUUCUCCUUACAACAAUCGAACGCUGUCUUUGCUGCUAUAUGCAUAAGUAGCUUACUAACAACCGUGUUGUCUAUCUUCCAAGAGAAGGUGGCGAAGAAGCACGGGAAAUUGACAAGCACUCCCGAGAGCAGACUCUAUUUUUCGUGUGUCGAAAGUGCUUGUCUUCCCAUCGGCUUGUUUAUGUUUGGGUGGACGAGUUCCUCUAGCAUCCACUGGAUUGUACCAGCCAUCGCUAUUGGGAUCGCCACUACAGGAAUCUUUGUGAUUUAUCUAUCCACGUUCAAUUAUCUGGCCGAUACAUACCAUAGAUAUGCCAGUUCAGCGUUGGCUGCUCAGUCUUUCUGCAGAAACAUAUUGGGCGGCAUAUUUCCACUCAUAACAACACAAAUGUAUAACAAUCUUGGAUAUGGCCCUGCGAGCAGCCUUCUUGGUGGUAUUGGUACGCUCCUAACCAUUGUACCUUGGAUAUUGGUUUUCUACGGCCCUAGAAUUAGGGCUCGGAGUAAGUUUGCGAGUGAGAUCAUGGACAUAAGAAGCUAG